UCUCUCUCUCUCUCUCUCUCUCUCUCUCUCUCUACAAGCAAGCAGCGGGUGUACAGCUCGGGGGUGUGGCAGUUCGAGGGCUACGGCUACAUCCCCUGCGGCACGUCGGGGGCAUCGGUGAUGCAGAUCUUCGGCGCGGCGGAGCACGCGACCACGCUGAUGCUGCACGUCUACGGCGGCCGGCUGACCUACUACCACGACGUCGCCGCCGCGGGGGUCGUCGACGCCGCCAUCUACGACCGCUGGUUCAGGCUCAACGUGAUCCAUGACGUCGCGGCGUCCAACGUGACCGUCUUCGUCGACGGCGAGCGCCGGCUGACCGCGCCGGGGCGCGGCGGGGACUCGCACUACUUCAAGUUCGGCGUGUACGGGCAGUCCAGGAACGGCAUGUCGUACAGGAUGGAGUCGCGGUGGAGGGACGUCAAGGUCUUCACCAAGUGCAGCACUUGAGAUUUGUGCAUGCAUCGAGAGACAAGUAUGUAUGUAUGUAUGUACAUACAUCAUCAUCUCCCUAGUCAACUUUCUCUGAAUUUAUUCUGCAACUUAAUGCUUGUCAUAUGUCGUUAUCCUUUUUGCCUUUGAUUUCUUCUAGCACACUUGCCACAGGGCCACAGUAAAGGUCACUGCAACUUGCAGUGGAUUGGUUCAUGUAAUCUGU